UCGCCCCGGAGCCCCUCGGCGGCGCCACCAUGUACUCGGGAGCCAGCCCCGUGCUUGCGCCUCCUGCGCCGCCGCCACCCCCCAUCCAAGGAUAUGCCUUCAAGCCUCCACCUAGACCCGACUUUGGGACCUCCGGGAGAACAAUCAAAUUACAGGCCAAUUUCUUCGAAAUGGACAUCCCCAAAAUUGACAUCUAUCAUUAUGAAUUGGAUAUCAAGCCAGAGAAAUGCCCGAGGAGAGUUAACAGGGAAAUAGUGGAGCAUAUGGUCCAGCACUUUAAAACACAGAUCUUUGGGGAUCGGAAACCAGUGUUUGAUGGGAGGAAGAAUCUGUACACAGCCAUGCCCCUUCCGAUUGGGAGGGAUAAGGUGGAGCUGGAGGUCACGCUGCCAGGAGAAGGCAAAGAUCGUAUCUUCAAGGUGUCCAUCAAGUGGGUGUCCUGCGUGAGCUUACAGGCGUUACACGAUGCACUUUCGGGGCGGCUGCCCAGCGUCCCUUUUGAGACGAUCCAGGCCCUGGAUGUGGUCAUGAGGCACUUGCCAUCCAUGAGGUACACUCCGGUGGGCCGCUCCUUCUUCACUGCGUCCGAGGGCUGCUCCAACCCUCUUGGUGGGGGCCGAGAAGUGUGGUUUGGCUUCCAUCAGUCCGUCCGACCUUCUCUUUGGAAAAUGAUGCUGAACAUCGAUGUGUCAGCAACGGCGUUUUACAAGGCACAGCCAGUUAUCGAGUUUGUUUGUGAAGUUUUGGAUUUUAAAAGUAUUGAAGAACAACAAAAACCUCUGACAGAUUCCCAAAGGGUAAAGUUUACCAAAGAAAUUAAAGGUCUAAAGGUGGAGAUAACGCACUGUGGGCAGAUGAAGAGGAAGUACCGCGUCUGCAAUGUGACCCGCCGGCCCGCCAGCCACCAAACGUUCCCGCUGCAGCAGGAGAGUGGACAGACGGUAGAGUGCACGGUGGCCCAGUACUUCAAGGACAGGCACAAGCUGGUUCUGCGCUACCCCCACCUCCCAUGUUUACAAGUCGGACAGGAGCAGAAACACACCUACCUUCCCUUGGAGGUCUGUAACAUAGUGGCGGGACAGAGGUGUAUUAAAAAAUUGACCGACAAUCAGACUUCAACCAUGAUCAGAGCGACUGCUAGGUCGGCGCCCGAUCGGCAAGAGGAGAUUAGCAAAUUGAUGCGAAGUGCAAGUUUCAACACAGACCCCUACGUGCGUGAAUUUGGAAUCAUGGUCAAAGAUGAGAUGACAGAUGUGACCGGGCGGGUCCUGCAGCCACCCUCCAUCCUCUAUGGCGGCAGGAAUAAAGCCAUUGCCACUCCUGUCCAGGGCGUCUGGGACAUGAGGAACAAGCAGUUCCACACAGGCAUUGAGAUCAAGGUGUGGGCCAUCGCGUGCUUCGCCCCCCAGCGCCAGUGCACAGAAGUCCAUCUGAAGUCCUUCACUGAGCAGCUCCGGAAGAUCUCGAGGGACGCCGGCAUGCCCAUCCAGGGCCAGCCAUGCUUCUGCAAGUACGCCCAGGGCGCGGACAGCGUGGAGCCCAUGUUCCGUCACCUGAAGAACACAUACGCAGGCCUGCAGCUGGUGGUGGUCAUCCUGCCUGGCAAGACCCCCGUGUACGCCGAGGUCAAGCGUGUGGGAGACACAGUGCUGGGGAUGGCCACGCAGUGUGUGCAGAUGAAGAAUGUGCAGAGGACCACGCCGCAGACCCUGUCCAACCUCUGCUUGAAGAUCAACGUCAAGCUAGGAGGUGUCAACAACAUCCUGCUGCCCCAGGGCAGGCCUCCAGUGUUCCAGCAGCCCGUCAUCUUCCUGGGAGCAGACGUCACUCACCCACCCGCUGGGGACGGGAAGAAGCCUUCUAUCGCUGCCGUGGUGGGCAGCAUGGACGCCCACCCCAACCGCUAUUGCGCCACCGUGCGUGUGCAGCAGCACCGGCAGGAGAUCAUCCAGGACCUGGCGGCCAUGGUCCGCGAGCUCCUCAUCCAGUUCUACAAGUCCACGCGCUUCAAGCCCACCCGCAUCAUCUUCUACCGCGACGGAGUCUCCGAGGGCCAGUUCCAGCAGGUCCUCCACCACGAGUUACUGGCCAUCCGCGAGGCCUGCAUCAAGCUAGAGAAGGACUACCAGCCAGGGAUCACGUUCAUCGUGGUGCAGAAGAGGCACCACACUCGGCUCUUCUGUACCGACAAGAACGAGCGGGUCGGGAAAAGCGGAAACAUUCCAGCGGGCACGACUGUGGACACGAAAAUCACCCACCCGACUGAGUUUGACUUCUACCUGUGCAGCCACGCAGGCAUCCAGGGGACAAGCCGGCCUUCGCACUAUCACGUCCUUUGGGAUGACAAUCGUUUCUCUUCCGAUGAGCUACAGAUUCUAACCUACCAGCUGUGUCACACCUAUGUGCGCUGCACGCGCUCUGUGUCCAUCCCUGCGCCAGCAUACUACGCUCACCUGGUGGCCUUCCGGGCCAGAUACCACCUGGUGGAUAAGGAGCAUGACAGUGCUGAAGGAAGCCAUACCUCCGGGCAGAGUAACGGGCGAGACCACCAGGCACUGGCCAAAGCGGUCCAGGUUCAUCAAGACACUCUGCGCACCAUGUACUUUGCUUGACAUGUUUUAGUGUUUAGCGAUUGUGUACCAAGUUGGAUUCACAUGAGACCAGCUACACUCAGACCAACAGAUGGCCAGCCCUUCCGUGACAGCCAGCAUCGAACAUGAGACGUCAUUAACUUUAUUAGAUUCUCCAUUUUCCAGAAUGCCUUCCGUCCCAGAUUUCAAACUUGGAUUUUGAACUGCAGACCUGUAUGAGACCCCAAUGCCGUAGGAAAUAUGGUUUGCCAAAAUCUAUAAGCUGCUUAUUAAAAUAGAGUCCCGUGUUUCCUAAAAAUCUCCUAAAACCAGUCUAUGAACUCAGGGCUUUAAAACAUUUUUAAUUUAUUUGGUCAUUCAAUUUACUUGUUUUUAACACAUGAUUCUCUAUGAAAUUGAUGGGCUCUAACUAGCUGUGAACGUUCUCUGAGAGUAAAAGCAACAUGAAACAUGAUUAUGGUUUUAAAGCCUUGAACAUUCUGAUGUUGUCACUAAAGCUGAUUUCCAGGUGAUGCUCGUGUGCUCCUGACAUGGCUUACACAAGCUCUUCGGGACUGAGGGCAGUGGCCAUGCCGAGGUGUCCACAGGUGUCUUGUUCUGCCACUGCUGGCCUUGCACGUAGCCUGAACUAAGGGGCAGUGGCAGAAAGUAGGCCCCAUGUGUUUACAGCAUUUACAGGUCCAGAGAGAUUGGCAGACAAGUGCCAUUUUAAUAAAAAUUUAUUUAAAAGAAAAAGACAAUAUACCGACAGUCUAAUCAUAAGAUUUGUCCUAUAGGACUGUGACAUUUAUUUUCCAAAGUUUCUAAAGAAUACGGGUCUGUGGUGAUAAAUACAGUACAAUCCUUUUUCACUGUUAAUGUCUUUAAUGUAAGAGAAAAAAUAUAUAUAUCUGGUUUGCAGUAUUAAUGUGAUAGAUAGAUAGAUGCUGUUUUUCAUUUUAUUGACUACGGGGUGCUUCUUGUGAUCUGUUUAGCAUAUUACGAGUGUUUUGGAGCCUGGAGAUCGGACCACCUCUUGUGGUUCUUAGCGCUUAAGUACAGGAAUAUGCAAUUGACUUAAUGUGACAGCGAUCUGCCUCCCCAGUGUAGAUUGUGUAGCCUGUACCUUCCGGAGGGACGAGUGUGCUCACCACAGUUGCUCGCCGCCCUUCCUGCCGCCUCAUCCCCGUGUUGCUCAGCUGGUGAAGCACAAAUGGAAUUUAUUUAUUCUUCCAUUGCUGGGAGACAGGUUCAUGUGUCAGAGUGCGCUUCUCUGUGUGCGAGCAUCUGCUAGACGAGUUUCCUAGGAUCUAUGCACUGAAACACAUGGAAAGCUGUCAGUGGUGGCUCUCUGUUGGGCAUGAGGCCAGCAGGCAGCAUCGGAGCCUGCCCUGGGGAGGCUCGCCACCUGCUAGGCCCCCAGAGGGCACAGCCUGCUGUUGGGGUUUGCACUGGGGGCCCUCGAUGUGGGUUUGCCAAUCUAGAAACUGUUGCACUAAGAGUGCCACCAUGGACGAUUAUAAAGGAUAACAAGACAACUCUGUUUGUGCUGAAUGGGCUUUUUGUCCUUGUACACAAUUUUGGUAAGAAUCAAAUCCAUGUUUCAUGUAGAAAUUCCGGGAAGGGGCUGGCCCUUCCCUAGUGCUGCUUUGUGCUCUAGGUUUUCUCUCUCCUGCCAAUGUCCCCUCCCCAGCCCUAGUGACAUUUACCUCUGGCACUGCGGUCGGGUGAGGCCCAGUGGAGGGCCCCAUGCAGAGUGAGCGCCCACCUCUGCCUUCAUUGUCCACCUGCUUUGGAGGCGGUGGGAGGGGCAGUGAGCCCAGCUGCAGCAGCCCUGGGCACUUCGCCUGGAUUCGGGGCAAUGACAAAGGUUUUGCCUAUUAUUUGUGAAGAUUCACACUUGGAGUAAGGUAUGUGUGUGUGCGUGUGCGUGAUUGUGUGUGUGUGCACAUGUGCGGGCGUCUUAUUAAUGGCAUUGCUGUAUCUUUUUUUUUUUUUUUUUGAUCUUUUGGAACGACAGAAGCCUCCACUGUAAGAAACGUUGGAAUUCCUUGUCGUCUUAAUGGCGAGUGGCACUUUCUCCUCUUUUCAGAAGGACAUAGAUAUACUCGUAGCUUAAAUUACCAGGUGCACUCAAGCUAAAGAGGGAAUCUUUUGACUAAUUAACUUUUAAAAUCUGAAAUUAGGUUAGUUUUUGGCCAUUUUUAGAAUCAUCUGGAACCCUGUAUCUCAAAGGUAUGUUUCUGCCACCUGCACUAGGAUCUCAGUUGUCCAAGGAACGGUGGUUCUUAUUAAAAUGCAGAUUCCUGGGCCUGCCGCAAACCUCCUGAAUUAGAUUCUCCAGGGCUGGGGCAUGGUACCUGCAUUUUAAAAGAUCACUUGCAGCCCCUGGGCUCCCUGAAGUCUGAGGACCCUGAUGGGGCUUUCUGCUUCCAUACCGUGGGACCAGCAGGGAGGACUCCUCAGCAACAUAGAAAGCAUUUUCUAAGCUGAUGCCUAGGAAGGAUUUCAUGCUGGUAGAAAAUUAGACCUAUAAAAAAAUUUUUUGUGUGUCAUUUUGAAGGAAAAUUUUCUUUUUAGUGGGCCAAAGUACUUUGAGAAGGGUACUUUUUAUAGCCCUAUGCUUGUUUAUAAAACGUUUAAUACUAAAACAUUAACAGACCAAAUGUCUCCAGUUGGGUCGGCUGCAUACCUUUGUAGAUGUCUGAUGAUUCGGAGUUUAAAUGGCUGUAGUUUCAAUUUCUCAGGUAAACAAUUGUUUUCCCAAAUUUCUACCAUUCCCCCGUCAUUAGGAUGAAUUGUGAGACAGCAUAAAACCUCAAAGUACAGUAGGUUAAGUCCCAGCCCUGUUCACACGCAAGCCGGUAGUGCCAGCCAGAGCGAGGGGCCCUGGGCCCUUGGGGGUCCCCAGGAAGCGCCGUCCUUUCCCGGCCUUCACUGCUCCCCCAGGGCACUGGGCCAUUAGGGUUGGCAGGGCAGCGCCCACUUGCUGGCUUUGUCCCCACCCCACUGUUAAGUAAGGUGUGCCUUGCUUUAAGCAAACUGAAUGUGAAGAUGAUGAUGUAGGAAUCUGGGUUUUAUUUAAAAUGAAAACUGGGAUUUAUCUUGUCUCUUUAAGAGAGUUCUCCCAAUUAGAUUCCUGUACUGGGACUUUUCCUAAUAUAUUUUAAAAUAUUCACUUUUUAAAAAACAUUGAUGUACUCCCAUCCCUUUACCACUAUCUAGUACAUUCUACAAGUUCCAAUAACAGAGUGAUUAGAGAAACCCGGGGGAGCUGUUUAAAGUUGCCAUUUUGUAUAAGAGCCCUUUGGUACUGCAAAGACACCAUCCUGUUAUUUGUGUGUCAUAAGCUCAAAUUUUCCUAGUCUAGAUAAAUUUUGUAAAACUGGGCAUAACUGUACUUUUAGAAAGGGAUUGUUUUAUUUUGGUUUUGAUUUUUUUGUUUCAAGAAGUAUUUACAUACACACUUUUGAUACUGCAUUUUAGGGCCUGCUUUUUCUUUUCAAGAGUAUGUUGCUUUUGGCAGUGUUCUCACACUUCAUCGAAUGAAUGUUUGCACUCUCUAGAGUCAUUGCAUUGGCUCGCCCAAGAGGGAGCUGUUGGAAACAGGGAGUGAUUUCCAUGCUGUUUGAGGCUGGCCUAAACACUUCUAUUACAUGUUUACCCCAUGACUGAGUGCUCAUCAGAAAGGACAAUGUAAGUUCAGUUCCUGUAGUGAGGUUGGGGGGAGGGAAUUUUAUUGUUGUUAUAUGUUAUUUUUAUUGUUGUUAAAUGCAAAUGUUGCUAUUUAUUUUUUCCUCUCUGCUCUGGUUUGACCUUGGCCAAUGUGGAUAUUCCAGUGCAUGUGGUACCUGAUGGAUAUGAUAGAAGUUAUUUUCCCCAACUUUUAUAAAUUGCCUAAUGUUUAUCUUCAAGUUUGCCGGAUGAUUUAUUUUUGAAAGCCACAAAUGUAAUUUUUCUGGAUGGAUUGUUUUUCUUAUAUAUGCAGCAAUGUAAUUUUACAUUGAUCUGUGGGGUGAUUUAAAUUUUAUUUUUACAAGGCAGUUUUUCAGUCAAAUUAUAUAUUUGAUACAAUAUGUUAAGGAUAGAGACCAGCCAAGCGUCAUGUGGUGGGGACACCAGAGUGUCCCUUGGGCCUUUGGGGGCUGGGACGCUCCUCUUGGUUGCUUGUCAUGGUAGCACUUGGCGUGUUUCACGAGCCUGCAGGAACUGGAUGGAUGGAGUCCUUCAACCUGACUUUGACCUGUUGGACAGUGAAAAGGAUUUUUCAUGGGCAUUUUCCUACACCUAAGGCAGUUCCAUUAGGAGGAGCUUUAGAAGUUGACAUAAUCCAGACAGUGGACAAUCCCAGUGGCCCAGACAAGCCAUAAGAAAUUUUCCUGUGACCUCUCUUUGACUCAUCUCUCACGCUCAUGAGUAAAGGAAUGUACAAUAAAUAGAAACAGAAACUUCCUCAGUGUUCAUAUGCCUCACUUGCAAAAUGCAAAUAUUUUAUUUAUAUUUAAGCCCUUCCCCAAAGUAACCGAGAAUAUUCUCUGUAGCUGCCGUGCCAGCAGUUUCGUCUGCUGUGACGUUUUUCGAUGUAGACAUGGCGCACGUGUGACGUUGUAAUGGGGGUGUCCAUAUUACACACAUGCUGACUCAUUUUUGUAAGGAAAAUUUUCAACUCAAAAUAAUUGCACUGAUUUUUUGACAACGUCUUUUUAUUAUGUCCAACUUUGCAUCUGCUGUACUUGUUUGAAAUGAUUGUAAAUAGAUUUAUGGUAGAAGAAAUGCUAUGAAUGCAACAUGUUACUUCGUUUUAGUGAUACUGCCACAUUUUUCAGUAUUAUCGUUAGAGCUAUGUGGACUUAAUUCUGUUCUUCUUCUUAGCCUGGUGUCUGUUGACCAUUCAUGAAGGACAAAUUAGCCUCAUGUUCUUGUUUUUCUGGAAGGAAGUUUUCAAUCUAUUAAAAGGAGGGUAUGCUCUCUUGAUGUCUGAAGAUUUUAUCUUAAGAGGAUUAAUUAUAAAUGUGUUGAACACUUUUGGUCUGUUUAAUUCCUUGUUAUUUGCCAUGGCUCCUAAAGCAUCUUCUGGUUCCAUCCAGCCUUUGACAGUUUAGAUAGGCGGCAUCUGCAUGGCCCAUGUCAAUGGAACGCAAGGGCCUCCUUUGCGUCUCUUUGGUCAGAAGUCAUUUUAAAGCCAUGAGGUCACUGUGUGUCAAGACUGUCGUGUGUGGCUACACCCAUAGAUGCCAGAGAGACUAGAGGCGCAGUGCUGUUCCCGUACACUUGCGAUUUUGCUGGAAGUACCUGCUCCAGCCCCCAGUGUGGGAGUCUGUCUGUGGUCGGGCUAUCCAGGGUCAGACACAGAAAGGGAUUUUUGAACCCGAACCUGUGUGUGUGUCAGCGUCACGUCUGCUCUGUGUCAUGGCGCCCUCAUGCUUCUUUCGAUAUGUUUUGCCAUUUUAUUGUCUAAGGUGAAUGUAUUGGCUUAGCCAAAUCACUACAGAAGGUGGUUUCUAAAUACCUUUUAGUUAAACACAGAUAAAGAUAAAGGCUACCUCUGAAUUCUCAGUAGAUUCAUCAUGUUUGCUCUUAAGCGUAGCUGUCCACACUGAAAAUAGCCAAAAUGUUGCCUGAAUAAACUGAAUUGUGAACAUCUCUCUGUUCAGUUCUGGCUUGAAAAUUUGUGUGCCAUACUGUGAUCAUGGGCAGCCCCCGCCACCACCUCUGCUGUGUCAGGUGGACCAGGGACUCCAGCGCUGCCCAGCUCCGAGACUCUAGGAUUCUAAGAGGCCAGCAUGAAUGACAUGGGAGGGCUUUCCUGCAUGGGACAACGCACUGUCCUCCCAGGCUGGCAGGAGCAUCUCUGUGCAAGGCUACGUGUAGCAAAACCUUGAAACAGCCUGCGUCCUGCCUGGCUUUUCCCUUUCCUGUUUAAUGUAAGAAAGCACUUUUUUUUCUUUCUGCUUACUUAGGAAUGGGUUGAAAAUGGCUUUCUCUGCUCUCUUCUCCCAUUUUAUACACUCUGUAAAAUCAUGAAGGUGCUUAAACACUCUUGUGCUAGUGAUAUGUUUAAAAUAGUUGGCAUGGUUUCAGAAGACAAUGCAGAUUGGAUUGACCUUUGACUUUGGGACCUUGAAUUACUAUCACUCCCCACUUAAAAAUGAAAAAAUGAACUGAGGGUUGAAAGCUAAGCAUUCUGUGCAAAUCCAGGGCCCUUUGUUUGAAAAGGACAUGAAGACCCACACCUGGCGUCUUCAGUACAACUUCCCACUAGGGGCGCUGUGAGCCGUCCGGUGCUGACUUGCAGGAGGGCUGUCCUGGGAGAGCUGAUGACUGAGCACCCCUCCUUGUGAUUAACCACUUUGCUGUCAGAAACGUCAUUUACCCACACACUGUACUGGGGACCCUGGCCUCCUCCUUUUUCUUUAGGUUCCUUAUGUUUGCUAAUCUUCAGAAGGUUAGCAUUCCCUCCAUAGCACCUCCAUCGGUUUGCUUCUGAAUUCUGGAGGGACAGGCAGAUGGUUUUACAAUUACAGACAUCUGGGUGUCUGGAAGUAGCUCUGUUCUCAUGUUGGACGCUCAUCAGAGAUUGACUUUGGCCCAGAGGGGUUCAACACAUCAUUACCUGGAAGUAAUUGCCUUUAACACUGUUGUUUUAGGUUUUGAUGCUUUUUAUGCUACAUGGUGUGCUUUAAUUCUGAAAGAGCUAAGUGUCCUUUGCAGUCUUUCUAAGAAUGUCUUGUAAUUCUGCCAUCACACUGUUCUGUAUGUACAGGCCACCGCAAAGCGUGGGCGUUCAGGGUGGACACCUCCCCGUCUGCUGGCCUGCUUCAUGGGCUGCUUGGGUCCUCUGGGUCAGCCUUGGGUUUCAGCCAGAAUCCGACCCAAGUUUGUUGGAGAGGACACUGCGUACGGCCCCACUCCUCGAUUCAGUCACAUGAACUGUCGCACUCAGAUCUGCCCGUAAGCUUUUUGCACGCGCAUUUCCAGAAUGCUGGGGUGGGCCUCCCUCACCACGUUUGCAUUUGUGAAAGAUUACUCCAAAAUGAGAGAACUGAAGGUUACUGGUGUUUUUGAUAACACUUUUCUAUCUUCUUGGUUGAUGUGGAAAAUUUAGAUGUGUUAAGUCUCUAAAAUGCCUUGGUGGCAUGACUGAAGGGCUAAGACCUCACCUCACUUUAUCUCCUUUUGGGGGGAGUGAGAGGAGGCUGAAUUAUCUCCUACUUAAAUCCUCUGUGGAUGUAAGUAGUUGAGAGUUAAAUCUAAAACACCAAAUAUUAACUCUUUCCCCAAAUUGUCUCCAGGAACUAGACAUCGAGGCCACCCGCAUUCAAUUCUUUCUGCCGCUUCAAAGGUCCUUAAAAUUAGUGAUUUUAUCCCAAGAACACCCCACACCACUGGCCGGGGGGCGUGAUGCAGACUGCUUAACAGAUCGAGGUGCUCUUGCAGGGGACCUGAGUGAGCCUCCUCUGAACUCUGGAAAUGGUGUGCACAGUCUCGCAGGGUGGGAGGGGGCAGGCCCCUCCGUCCCAAGAAGCAGGUGGUGGUCCUCCCUCUGGUCCCAUCAGUGCCAGCCUGAUUGUGUUCUGGAAGACUCAGUCUCAGACUCUGUGCCUUUAAAGUCCGGUCCUCAGCGUCCUUUCAGAAUCAUGUUGGGGCUGCGUCUCUCUUGGGAAAUAAGCCUGUACCAUUCCACGAGUCAGUCACUGACCUCCUGCCUUGGAAGCGACUUCUGUCUGCUCCUCAGCUCCUGACGUGGUAAACUGUGGCGCCGUGCACAGCCUAAGCUGCAGGCGAAGCACUCGGUUCCGGUUGCGUGGUUCCACCCACGCCCUGACAGGUCCACCUCUGCUGGGACUUCAGGAGGUUGGUGCAUGACCCAUCUCUUGAGUCAGUCAGUGACCAUGACCUUCAGUAAAGCCUGGUGGUUUUAUUCUCAUAGUCAGUCAACAACAAUAUUUAUUGUAAUGGAAGUAGAUUUUUUAAAAAAGGAAUUGGAAUCAUGUCUUUGUAAAAUGCUUUCGCAGUCGUCAGAUGUAAGGUGCUAUUCAGUCCUUCUCUCCUUAUUUUAGAGUGCUUUUCAUUAUUGUGGCUCUGUUUUGUGACUUGGGGAAACUGCUGACUUAGGUGUGUUGUCACCUUGAGCUGUGCACAUAGGAUUCCAAUUUUGACGUAUCUAACGUGCAAUUUUUCUCUCUAACUUCUUCAAGCCAGGUAUUGAGCAGUUUUUUGGCCGAUGGUCUAAUUAAAACCCACCCUUCCCCAUUAAGGGAUGGUUUUAUUGGUUUUAAGUGGGGAAAUAACCCAGUGUACUCAUUUUUAAUCCACAGAAAACCAUUCCUUAGUUGCUCCUCUUGGCUUGUCCCUCUCCCCAGACCCUCUGCUCUGAAAGGCAGCAACAACCUUUCUCUGUGGAGGCUGGCCGAGGAGGGGGUGGUACGUUAACAAUUUUGGUUCCUCUUCAAAGCCAGACAGACAUGUGUGACUCACAUCCUAAACUAUAUAGUUUAGCAUUAAAUUCAAAUUCAAGUCCUGAGUUUAAUAGUGAAUUUUAUUGUAGUUGUUAAAGGUAUGAAUUCAUGUUUUAUAACUGUAGAGGCAAGCAAGUUUUAUGUUUUAAAAAGUUUGAAGGGAAUAAUUGUAAGUUUCUGUGCAGCAAAGUGGCUAAUUACUCAUCAAAUACAAGAAGAGAAUGUAGUAUCUAAAUCCAGAUUUUUCUUACCUCUGGUACACUUCAGAUUACUUACCUAAUAUGUAUUGAGGGGUUUUAACCCUUAGUUUUGUCAAUUUUUCUAGUUUUAUUUUAUUUUUAUAAAAUAAUUGAAAAAGAACCAAAAAUGAAUUCAGAAGUUCCAUACAUGGGUUUUGCCCCUUCUUGAUUUUCCCCCCCACAGUAAAAACAUUUUAGAAGACAUUUUGAAUCAAAAUGUAUUAUGACCAUUUAAAGUUUACUAUUUUCUAAGAAGCCGAGCAACUCAAAGGGCCUCAUUUCAGGUGGUACUCUAUGUAUUGUCUAUGGACUCGUUUAUACCUGUACAGUGGAGCUAUGUGAUGUCUUGUGCUUGCAGUAUGGAAACCAUGCAGUGCUGUUUUGUAAAUUAACAGUUCCUGUAUAAACUAUUAUUUAUAUACAUUGGCCUCUCUGUAUAAGUUUUCAUUUGCUACAUGGAUUGUAAAAUUAAUUAUGAAAUUAUAAUACCUGCUAAAUACAAUUCUGAGGCUUCAUGUCAUUGUCUUUAGUUUAAUACCAUGCCGUGUGUCUUGGAUGUCCAAUGCUUGCAUGAUACUAGGUGGUGAUGCCACUUUAAAUUAAGCCUUAAUCAGAUGUUAAAUUUGUAAGUUUCAGAGUAUGCAAAAAUAUUAGCAGAGUGAGUUUAAACUGUUCAGAUUAAGAUGCUAUAUAAUAAUUCAACAAGUCUUUUCUUUGGAGUUAAAAAGGGAAGCAUUCAGUGAUACACCUCUUUCCCUCCCUCGCUCUCUUCCUCCUCAUGUCUCCCCCUCUUCCUCCCUCCCUACCACUCUGUCUCUACCUCUCCCUCCCUCUAACCCGCUUUCUCUCCCCCUCUCUGGUCUGGCUGGGCUGUUGCCAUUGCAUGGUGAAAGUGGACCAUUGUGCUUUUCUGUGGCAGUCAGUCAAAAAGACCUGUUCUGAAAGUCUUGAGACUUUUUCAGGGUUAUUUUUCAAUGUUUGGGUUUUUUUCCCCCCUCCAGUCUGAGAUUUAUUUAUGGCUGAUGGAGUAUACGAUCUUGGUGUGGGUCUUAUUUGCAAACCUGCUCAUGUUCUAAGCUUUCUUCAGGUAGUGCCACCUGUCAUUGCUUUUGCAUAUGAUUAAAAUGGAUUUUUGUUUUUGUAAAAGCAUCUUAAAUUUAGAGAUAAAAUGGAGGGGACCCAGCUUUCUCUACAAUGUGGAUCUACCUCAGUUAAACAGUUGGGUGCUAUUUACUAAGUCUGUCAAAUUAAAUUGGAAAAAGUAACCAAACAGAUUCAACUCCACACGAAACUUGAAACCCUAAUUUCCGUUUAUUUAAUAAUAUUUUUAUUUAUUUUGUGCCUUUUAUGUUGAACCCUAAUGCAUUAGAUCAGUAUAAAAUUAAAUAUUUUAUAUUACAGAUGGGGAGAAAAGCCCAAUUGGUCAUGGAAUUUUAUAGAUUUUCCCCAGCCAAUUACUAUAAUAUAUUAGAAUCCCAACUGCCCUCUUGUGAAGAGAAAAAAAAACUUACAUCCAAGAGCAAAUUAGCAUUUUACAAACAAUAAAUUCCAAACUCUUCUAUGCACAUAUUUAUAACUAUCACUUCAUUUUCUGCGCCAAUGAAGGGGUGGCCAAAAAUAAAAAAAUCAGAAGUCCUCUUACCAAUGCUUUUCUAGCCAUUCAUGCCCCUUCCUCUGGCACAUUUUUGUUAGAAUUUAUUUCAUAAGCAGCAAAUGGAUUGUUGUGAAUUCCACCUCUCCUGACUUACCUGCUGGGUGCUAAUGACCAUUGACAGAGAAAGGGGAGAGUCGUGGCUGUCUGGAGGCAGAGCCCUGCAUUCAUCUGCAGGGUCUCCAUAGGUUAGGAAAACUUCGACAGGUAAGAAAGGAGCUCUGUGACUUUCCGUGCUUUUAUAUUUGGCAGUUUACAAUUCUAGACUUUUCCUACGAUAGCAGUCUCUUCCCCCCCCCCCACUUAAGUCUUUGGAGGCAACACAAUAUUUUGGAGUCUUAAGAAUUUGACUUUAUACCAAUAAGAAAUAAAAAAAUGAGAGAUCUUUCCUGUAGUAUGUAGUUUUACUGUUUCAAAGAGAUCUCUGAAUUUACAAGAGAACCAACAUUCCUUACUGGCAAAAUUUUGAAAGCUGAUUUGGGAGGCUUUUUGCUAAAGGAUCUCAAAAAAAAAAGAUUUUAAUUUUUUUAACUUCCAUCAGGUUAAUACUUAAGCUAUAUUUUAUAAAGAAUAAACCAUCCUUUUAGUAUGCUGCAUAUAAAGAUCGGCAUUGUUGCACUUUCUCAGUUAUAAUAAAUGCCCUACAAUUGGCUCAUCAGUAAGCAUUUUGUUUUUAACCUAACAAGAGUACUUUGGGGCAGGCAAUUAAAUUUAUAUAGGUACCUCAAAAAAAAAGAACCUGAAUAUGCUGCAUUUUAUUUCUUUAGCUUUUACAUGUAGCAUUUUGUUUUGUUAUUUUGUUUAGAUAUAUGCUUUUUGGACCCCAUUAGAGUGUUGAAAGAAAUUUUAAAGUUACUCUUGUAGAGAUAUAAUAUCCUU